AGUCACUUCAUCUCAGUGUGGCUCUGUGGGUCAGUGCGUGAACACAGCUCCUGUCAGAAUCUGCUGGAAACUGCAUUGAGAACAGGUACAAUCGCGGUGCGUUUGUGCGUAAAAUGAGGCGAUAACGCAACAAGUGUCCACCUGCAGCAGCACGAGCAGCAGCAGCAGAGGAGAGGAGAGCAGAGGAGAGGAGAGGAGAGCAGAGGAGAGGAGAGGAGAGGAGAGCAGAGCAGAGGAGAGAAGAGCAGAGCAGAGGAGAGGAGAGCAGAGGAGAGGAGCGGGUCCUCGUGUUUGGUGCGCAGACAGUUGGAUGGGUAAGGACGUGUGCGCCCUGGCGUCGCUCGGAUGGGAUGCACGGUGAGCUUCAUCUGCUGUGAAGAGGACUUCCUGCCAAUGCCUGCAGUCCAGCAGCAUGAGGAGGAGAAGAAGAAAGAGAGCGCGAGGAAGCCAGAGGAGUUGGAGGCUCUUCAUUCCCAUACGUUCCGGGUGAAGACAUUCAAGAAGGCCAAGCACUGCAGCGCUUGUAAACAGACCAUCAUCCAGGACGGACUCGUCUGCAGAGUGUGCCGAAUUGCUUGCCACAAGAAAUGUGAAGUCAAGGUGUCUUCCUCUUGUGUUCCAGCAACAAACUAUGAGCUGGCGCCGAGCAGUGACCUCCCUCUCAAACAUGUAGACACCAUGGGCUCAACAAAAUCCACAAAGAGCAUGGAGUCACGGCGCAGACCAUCAAGGAGCGCCAGUCUGCUGCAGGCCCUGGAGGAGAGCUACGAGCUGGACCUGCUCUACAUCACAGAGAGGAUCAUCUCCGUCUCUUUCCCCAGCAGCGUGGACGAGCAGAGCUACACCGCCAACCUGCAGGAGGUCGCCUCCAUGCUGCGCUCCAAACACGGUCACAACUACCUGCUCUUCAACCUCAGUGAGAAGCGUUAUGACAUCAGCCAACUUAAUCCAAAGGUGUUGGACUUUGGCUGGCCUGACCACCAUGCUCCUGCCCUGGACAAAAUCUGCAGCAUCUGCAAGGCCAUGGACACUUGGCUGACCGCGGACAGCCACAAUGUGGUGGUCAUACACAACAAGGGCAACCGGGGCAGAACUGGAGUGGUGGUGGCAGCCUACAUGCAUUACAGCAACAUAUCUGCAAGCGCUGACCAGGCUCUGGACAGGUUUGCCAUGAAGCGCUUUUAUGAGGACAAAGUGCUUCCUGUAGGUCAGCCCUCGCAGAAAAGGUAUGUCGAGUACUUCAGCGGCUUGCUCUCCGGACACAUCAAGAUCAACAACAAACCCUUGUUUCUUCAUCACGUCAUCAUGCACGGCAUCCCCAACUUUGAGUCUAAAGGAGGUUGUCGUCCUUUUCUCAAAAUCUACCAGGCCAUGCAGCCCGUCUACACAUCUGGGAUCUAUAAUGUUCAGGGCGACAGCCAGACAAGCAUCUGCAUCACUAUUGAACCUGGUCUUCUUCUGAAAGGGGACAUCCUGCUCAAGUGCUACCACAAGCGCUACCGCAGCCCGUGCCGAGAUGUGAUAUUCCGGGUGCAGUUUCACACAUGUGCUGUUCACGACCUGGGGAUCGUCUUUGGGAAAGAUGAGCUUGAUGAGACGUUCAAAGAUGACAGGUUUCCAGAGUAUGGAAAAGUGGAGUUUAUUUUCUCCUUCGGGCCAGAGAAAAUCCAUGGUCAAGGUAUGGAUCACCUGGAAAACGGUCCGAGCGUGUCGGUUGACUACAACACACAGGAUCCCCUGAUUCGCUGGGACUCGUACGAAAACUUCAACCAGAACUGUGAGGACACCGCAGACGAAGUCAUCCAUACCCAAGGACCCCUGGACGGCAGCCUCUACGCCAAAGUUCGCAAAAAGGAGUCUGUUGAAGGAACAGUCACAGCAAAUGGCCUUCCACCCACUGCUGCUGAACAUGCCCUACCUGCAGUUGACCAUGCCUUAUCAGUAAGCAGUGACUCAGGAAACUCUACCGCCUCCAUCAAAACUGACAGAACUGAUGAUGCGGCAGCAGCCCCUCAUGCAUCCACAGUGAGCCAGACACACGUCCCUGUGGUUGAGGAGUCAUCCUCUGUCCAUUGCCACAACCCACCUGCCCAACAACCAAUCAGUCCCCAAGAGAAGCAGGAGCUGGAGCAGCUUCUGAGUGGUUUGGAGGGGCCCAUGCACCGACAGGGCUACCUGUCCACUCCGACAUCUGCAGUUGGAGGGAUGCUUCACCUGGUGCCUGCCCAGGUCCAUGUUAAUGGGCACAAUAGCGUUGACCGUGAAACAGACAUUUUAGAUGAUGAACUUCCUACCAGUCAAGAGGGCAACAGUGUGGACAGUCUAGGGACAUUCUCCUCCACAGAUGGUAGGGCUACACCAGCCGAUCUCUACUACCAGUCAGAGUCACUGAUCAAUGGUCAGGACCAUGUGCCAUAUCUGGAGCGCAGUGCUCCAGAAAAGCCUCUGGAGACCGUCCAGCCACAGGUUGGCAGAUCCGACAAACCUGUCACUUUAAGCCAAAGUGAUUCAGCUCCAUCAUCAGUUACUUACAUGGCCACCCAGAAUGGCAGUGUGUAUCGCUCUCAGUCAUUUGGUGAAGAACCAAAAUCUAUGCCACAAGCUCCUGCUCGCACUACAAGUAGCAGGGAUGCCGUCCAGCGUGGUAUUAAUGUUUGGCAGCGCUUCGGUGUACCUGAGGAGCCAGUAACUGAAGGACUAACUUUUAGUCCACCUCCCUCUGUAGCAGUGAUGCCCAGCCACCACAGCCUCCCACAGUUCCCUCAUCGCCACAGCGCCUCCCAGCAAGAGAUUGAGCAAUCUAUUGAAACCCUUAAUCUCCUCAUGUUGGACCUGGAACCAGCUUGUUCACCGGUGCCAAAGUCCCAAAGUGCUCCACUGUGGGAAAAUAGUGUUGUAGUGACCACACAGCCGUCCUUUUCCCAGAGCCAAACCAGACCCUCCUACCAGGGUGAUUCUGCGAUUCACUUUUCAGGUCCCGUGUCACCAGCUCAGAUGUCAGCUGGGAAACCUACCACACCAGAGCCUCCACCUGUCCAUGGAUCACUGAGUUACACCUCUGAAACCACUGGAACAAGUCCUCCCUCACAAGCCUCCCCUGCUGUAGCCGGCCACUUCCAGCUGAAGCCCAUCAACACCUAUCCACCGAGCACACUGUCCGUUUCUGCAGAUGUCUCUGAGCCCCAGAGAAGCGCUGUCUCAGCAUCACCCCAGCCAAUAGACAGUGAGCCCAAUGAAGUCUUCAACGUGGAAGGUCUGGUGGCUCAAAGAGUGGCUGAAUACUCGGCUCGUGCCCAAAGUGUCAUCCCCAGCAUGACCUGUUCUCAGUCUGAGCACCGCCGUUCUCACUCCCACCCGGGUGUCCAGGCCCGUGUGCUGUCCUUGGACGAGCCUGCGACUCUGCCUCGCCAUCGCCUCACCAGCGACGGCCAGUAUCAAAACGGCUCUGACGACGACCCCUCUUCUGAUAUCCCAGUUCGUUCCCCUGUUCGAUGUGUUUCUCCAGAGUUUGUCAAUGCCAUAGCGAUGAACCCUGGGGGGAGGCCUAAGGAGAGAAAUAUGCACAGCUACCGGGAGGCCUUUGAGGAAAUGGAUGGAGGCCCCAUUAGUCCUACACCCACAAUUGGUGGUGAGGUGUUUCCCCAAACCCCUGCCUUCCCCAUCUCGCCGCAAACCCCUUACUUCAACCUGUGUCGGUCCCCUCCUGGUCUUGCCAAGACUCCUCUGUCAGCCCUGGGGUUGAAGCCCCACAACCCAGCAGAAAUCCUCCUGCAUCAGACUGGUUCAGCACCAAGAAGCUAUGUGGAGUCUGUGGCAAGGUCGGCAGCGACAGGUGGAGAGGCGCCCACGUCACCUCUGAGCCUUAGCCCAUUGGGGGAGACUACAAACCAGCAGGGAAGUCCGAGUCCCUCCGCCCACUCACUGAACCCACCAUUGUCCAGCAGCAGUCCCAUCCAGAGCUCACAAGGUGACCAUCUUUUAGCAGAGAGCAGUGUUAGCACUCCGUCCCAACCCACUACUGAUUCAGGCUUCCGCUCCCAGGCUACAGAAAGUGCCUACCCCACUCCUACCCCCUCCUAUCAAGCAGCGAAUACUCCCACCUCUUCCUACUUGGAUUCCAGCUCCCCAGCCUCCUCCUACUUUGGCACUACUACCCCUACACUGUCUUACCAUGGCCCAAACACCCUCUUGGGGAGCUAUGUGGCCUCAGACCCAAGCCCGCCCACCUCAGAACCCUCCCAGAACACACUCAGCCAUGGAAGUCCCCAUGCACUGCAACGGACCAACGUCUUUGGCUCCAAUCAUUGUCCCGUACUGCAGCAGCGCUCAAGUGCUAACCAGGAUGGUUCAGUCAUGUGUCAGCAAACAUCAACAGCUAAUGGUUAUGAUGUGGGCAUGCCAGGUCACAUGCCAGGUCACAUGCCAGGUGGAAGUCCCAUGCUAGGUCGGCGUCUUUCACAGGGGGCUCAGAAUAGCCCUGUCCUCAGCAGACAGGCCUCAUUGGGACAGGGGUCUCAGCGGAGCCCGGUCCUCAGUCGACAGCCAUCCCUGGGUCAGCCCAUGCAGAGCAGCCCCGUACUCAACAGACAGCCAUCUAUCACACACCCCCAAGGAAGUCCGGUUUUGGGCCAUCACCCGUCUGUGUCACAGGUGUCCCAGAGAAGUCCAAGUUUGGACCGUCACCCCAUGCACAGCGGCUACACCACCCCAGAUGAGAGACAUGGGAACCUGUCGAGGCAGAGCAGUUCCUCAGGCUACCAGGGACCACCCACUCCCUCUUUCCCCAUCACGCCUGCAGGCUUCCAGGAUGGGGGGAUGAUGGGAGUGGGUGUAGGGUUCAGGCAGGGUAGCCCAGCCCCUGGCCAUCAGCCCCAGCUUCCAGAAAAGAGGCGCAUGUCCAGUGGUGACAGACCAAAUGGAGCUCUGUCCUAUGGCACACUGAAUGGGAAGAUAAUGCCUCCAGUGACAGGAGGAAGCACUCUUGGCUACUUCCACACCCUCUCUGACUUCUCCAGGUUCAAUAUUCCUGAUGGAAGUCCUGAGAGCAGACUGAAUGUCAAGUUUGUCCAGGACACGUCCAAGUUCUGGUACAAGCCAGACAUUUCCAGGGAGCAAGCUAUUGGCCUGCUGAGAGAGAGGGAACCUGGAGCCUUCGUAAUCCGGGACAGUCACUCAUUCAGGGGGGCCUACGGCUUGGCGAUGAAGGUUGCCUCUCCGCCACCAUCUGUGCAUCAGAAUAAGAAAGGGGACAUCAGCAACGAGCUGGUGAGGCACUUCCUGAUCGAGAGCAGCCCGAAAGGAGUGAAGCUGAAGGGGUGUCCCAACGAGCCUUACUUCGGUUGUCUGUCGGCCCUGGUCUACCAACAUGCCAUCACACCACUCGCCCUGCCCUGCAAGCUACUCAUCCCUGCCACAGAUCUCCUGGAGGAAGCACCAGCGGUCGCAACUACAAACCCACUGGUGGAGCGGCUGAAACAAGGAGCAGUGCAGAGGGCCCCUGCUGAUUCCCAUGCAUGCAACGUGCUCUACAUCAACUCAGUGGAGAUGGAGUCCCUGACGGGCCCUCAGGCUGUUGCCAAGGCCAUAUCUGAGACACUGGCUGCCGCUUCUCCGCCCGCCGCCACCGUUGUGCACUUCAAGGUGUCUUCUCAAGGCAUCACGCUGACGGACAACCAGAGGAAGCUUUUCUUCCGACGCCACUACCCUAACAACACUGUCACGUUCUGCGAUAUUGACCCUCAGGACAGGAAGUGGAAGAAGCCUGAGGGAGGCACAGCCAAGCUGUUUGGCUUUGUGGCGCGCAAGCAGGGAAGCACAACCGACAAUGUCAGCCACCUCUUCGCUGAGAUGGACCCUGACCAGCCCGCCAGCGCCAUUGUCAACUUUGUCUUGAAGAUGAUCGCCUCGCAGAAACAAUGAGUGCUAUCAGCAAACCCAGGCGCUUUUUUCUUUCCUUUUAACCACAGACACUUACUUUCUGAUUUGGAGAAAUUAGCCUUUGGUUUGAUGCGCCACCUUAUUUUUCCUGCUCUGUAAGGCAAAUUAGUGUGUGUGUCUGUGUGUGUACGUGUGUGUGUGUGUGUGUGUGUGUGUGUGUGUGUGUGUAAGCGGAUGAAAGGUGAUAAGACAGAGAGUGUGUGUGGUUUGUUUGUGUGCAUGCAGCUUGCAUGCAUGUGCUUUUCUUCUCGGACGGACUCCAGAAUGAACCAGAGGAAGUGCAGGAUGGGGAGUGGCUGUGUGCGACAAUGGGAUGGGAGGCGAUUUUUUUCUCCCUGGCAGGGUAACUCACGAACAGGAAGAGGGAAUGACAUCAUGUGUGCAACUGUUGUUUUUUAGCAAUUGUUUCAUUUUUAUUUUUUUAAAAGAAGAAGUCAAGUAGUGUGAUGUAAAGGGGGAUUGUAUAUCUAUCAGGCUUUUGACUGGUCAACCAAAGAUUUUUAAAAAAGCAGUCAGGGCGUGUAUAGCGUGCCAUUGUCGGAGGGUCAGAAGUAUUCUUUUUGUAAAACAAAUAUGGCUGCUUGAUCAAAAAUUACUGAACUGUUUUUUUUCUGUAUGUACUGAUACUGUAGCUCCGUUCUGCACCGUGUGGCAAGCGAUGUCCUUGUUUGGACAUUUAUGUGGCUGGUGAGGUGUGUGUAAAUAUUCUAGGCUGCUUUAUGAGUAGGACUGUUCUAGAUGACGUUUGGUGCCUGACUUUAUUUCUAAUGCAGAGCUUUUUAAGAAAAAGAAGAACAUAAAACUCACAUGGGCUGUCUCAAAUAUGCAAAUAGCCAGACUUUUGAAAAAAGAAAAGGUUGGUCACCAAAAUGCCACUGGUCCUUCCCUGUUCGAUGUCUAUUCUUUGCGAGUUUGCUGUAUCCACAAGAGACGGAUUAAAUCAACAAAGGCGUCUUGUGAUUGCUUUGGUCAGGACAAGCUUCCUGUCUGCCACCAUCCUCUGUUCGCAGCAUGUAGCAUCACUAUUUUGCUCACGACACAAGGGCCAACAGUUGUCCUGUGAGGGCGAUCUUUAUAGAAAAGGUUUAUCAUGCUACUCUGAUCUUCAGUUUCUGCCUUGAAAGUUUCCGUCAAUAAAGAGAAGCUCCUUGCGUCGGCCGGCCAAAACUGUUAACACUCACACCCUACCCAAAAGUAAGCUAUACAUAUAAAUAUACAUAUAUAGAUAUAUAUAUAUAUAUAUAUAAAAAAACUUUCAAACAGUGACUUAAGAUAUUUAUUUUUUUGCUUUGUUGCUCUGUUAUCUUGUAUACAUGUAUUAUAAAGUAUACAUCCAGAUUACUGAAAGCGAGAAGAAGAAGAAGAUGCUUUUUAUUUUGGCUAAAGUCAAGAGCAUUGACUUAUAUAUAAGGUGUAAAGUGUGUGCAUUCAAAAGUGUAUCACUGUUGUUUUUGAAUGUUUGUUUUUUUCACAGCGUUACUUCCUUUUGUUAACAUUCUCGUUUUCUUGGGGAGGCAUUUUGUUGUUGUUGAUUUUUGUAAGAGGGGAAAUAUUUUGUAUGAAAGAUUGUUGUUACUGAAGUCCAAAUUGGAGUUUUCCUAAAGUGAUGCAAACAACGUUGUUUUAUUAACUUAAACCUGCCUAGAAAAUACAUUGUCCAAGUUUAGCACUUAAAUGUUGAAGUAUUAUCGGUGUCUACAACAUAUAGACGAGAUGUGGACUUUAACACGCCCAGUUCAUAUCAUGCAUGUGCAGAAUGAGAAGAGUUUGUUCCUGUCUCCACGCAGCACUGACUCUUUUUAAAGGGAGUCAGUUCAGUCAGUAGCUGCUGCCCUCAUGUGGUGAAGAACGAUCAUUACAAAGGAACCACUUUUAUUCGAAUACAGUGUUUUAGCUGUUAUUAUAGCAGGUUGGAUUGUUUGAGGUAAAUUUGAUCACUGAGAAAAUGAACUAAAACAUUAAUUUUGAUUGUGAUUCCUAUGCUAACGUUCUUUGUAAAUUUGAUUUGCCCCUUCGAGCCCCAUUAGAGAACUGAGUGUGCAGAGAUCACAUCUCUUUUCUUUAUGCCUGAUACACAAGGAUCAGAUGGCAGCAUGAUGUAAAAUAAUGAGAUGAAGUUUAGUAUGAGGGCCUUCAUUAACUCUGAUGUACUUCAACACAACUAAAAUAAAAUACAGCACUUACAGGGCUUUUAUAUCUGACUAGAAUCUUCCAUUAUUUAUUAGAAAGAAUCUGCACGCUCACGUUAGCCAGUAACCUGCUGACUGGAAUCCGUACACAGUAUCCUCAAUUCCUAUUAAUCAGUCUUUUCAGAACAAUGCCCACAUGUAGUUAUCAUCAGGUUUUGGUUUUCCCAUGACGACCGUGUCUUGACUCCACUUAUGAGACAGAAGAAUCUAUAUUUUUGCCUACGAAAUGCUUGUUGAGAGAAGAGGAACUUCCUCCUCUACAAACUGAAUGUUGGCCGUUUGUUUGCCGAAACGGAAACUCCAGUGGCGUCUGCCCACUUUGACAGAUCAGUGUGGACUGUAGAAUGUGUGUGAAUGAGCUACUAUGCCUGUAUAGAGCUUUGUUACUUUUGGUUUGCUACAAUGUAUGGCUUUUACUAUUUCUGAUGGAAAAAAAACACAUUAAAAAGCAGUACA